AGAGAACUCCUCCCAAAAAAGCGCAAGCAGACCCAGGUAUCGGUACGCUUGAUGCUGGUGCAUGAAUCGGACUCCCGAGUAUAGGCUAUCAUACUUUUGAGCGACCAUGGACAGCCAGGGGAGGAAGGUGGUGGUGUGUGACAAUGGCACGGGUUUUGUCAAGUGUGGGUUUGCCGGCUCCAACUUCCCAGAACACAUCUUCCCUGCUAUGGUCGGCCGUCCUCUCAUUCGCUCCAACACUAAAGUUGGGAACAUUGAGAUUAAGGACCUGAUGGUGGGCGACGAGGCCAGCGAGUGCCGCUCCAUGCUGGAGGUCACCUACCCUAUGGACAACGGCAUGGUGCGCUCCUGGGAGGACAUGAUCCACAUCUGGGACUACACCUUCGGCCCCGGGCGCCUCAACGUAAACCCGCCCGACUGCAAGGUGCUGCUGACAGAGCCCCCCAUGAACCCCACCAAGAACCGGCAGAAGAUCGCCGAGGUCAUGUUCGAGACAUACGGGUUCCACGGCAUCUACGUGGCCAUCCAGGCCGUGCUAACCCUCUACGCUCAGGGUCUGCUGACGGGUGUGGUGGUGGACUCGGGGGACGGGGUGACCCACAUCUGUCCUGUGUACGAGGGCUUCUCCCUGCCCCACCUCACCCGCAGGCUGGACAUCGCCGGACGGGACAUCACACGCUACCUGAUCAAGCUCCUGCUGCUCCGGGGCUACGCCUUCAACCACACGGCCGACUUUGAGACGGUGCGCAUGCUGAAGGAGAAGCUGUGCUAUGUGGGCUACAACAUCGAGCAGGAGCAGCGGCUGGCCAACGAGACCACCGUGCUGGUGGAGACCUUCACGCUUCCAGACGGGCGGCAGGUGAAGGUGGGCGGGGAGCGCUUCGGGGCCCCCGAGGCCCUCUUCCAGCCCCACCUCAUCAACGUGGAGGGGGCCGGCGUGGCAGAGCUGCUCUUCAACACCAUCCAGGCCGCCGACAUCGACCUCAGGGCGGACUUCUACCGACACAUCGUGCUGUCGGGAGGCACCACCAUGUACCCGGGCCUGCCCUCCCGCCUGGAGAGGGAGAUCAAACAGCUGUACCUGGAGCAUGUGCUGGACGGAGACACACAGAAGCUCUCGAAGUUUAAGAUUCGCAUCGAGGACCCGCCCAGACGUAAGCACAUGGUGUUCAUGGGUGGGGCCGUGCUGGCCAACAUCAUGAAGGACAAGGAGUCCUUCUGGAUCAGCAAGGAGGAGUACAUGGAGAAAGGCUCCAAAGUGUUAGACAAGCUGGCCGGGGGAGUCAAAUAAACACAAUAGUCUCACACACGCGCGCGCACACACACACACACACACACACACACACACACACACACACACACACACACACACACACACACACACACACACACACACACACACACACACACACACACACACACACACACACACACACAGUGAGAGAUACAAAUUUACAAAAAGACACACAAUUACAAGGGACACAAACACUUACAAAGAGAGAGAGAGUGAAGCAUACACACAAACACACACACAGUAUUUUGGGAGGGUUAUGCGAACCUUUGGUUUGUUGUAGUUUAUGUCAUGAUGUAACUUCAAAACUGUGUUUCACUUUUGGGGGAUGGAGCACCAUAUUGUUCUAUUCAUGGUAUUUUGAGUCAUAAACUGUUGAGUGGGUGAAUCCUCCAAAUAAUGACUCAUGAUUGUUAAUAAUGGCUAUUAUCAUUAUUACACAUACGAUAACCAUCGGUUAUCAAACGACAACCCCAAUGUUUUUGCCUUAUUCGGUUAUUGUUAUAUUGUUGAUAUUAUGCUCUAUUCCUGGCGGCCACUGGAGUUUUUUUGUGUAAUUGUAUUAACGUCCUAUUAUUUCAAUAGGCUAUUGAAAAUAAAAUCUGUUAUAUCUAAAUCGUGCUAAGAGUGAGCAGCCCAGGACACACAGUAUUGAGUUGUUAUAUUGUGCGUAAAAACAAAGCUUGAUAUAGCAACGCAUACACACAUGUUGCAUUGUGUCUCACACACCGCAACGUUAUUCCACAGUGCUAGGAUUGAGAGCAAAACGGACUCUCAAAUGGAAUCCUCCGGCCACUCAGAGAAAAGCUUUAAGGCCUUUUGAUAACGGACUGACUCGAUGUUUCAUUACCAUGUCGAGGAGUGCAUAUGAUGUCAUCAGACCGGGACAGAAAACGUGAUGAAACAACGUUAUGAACAGAUAUUGCUGUUUUAUUGUGAUAUUGAUAUUACAUGACGAUAAUACAUUGAUGUGUUUUUUUCCCCAUUAAAAAUAAAUAGUGGGCAUCUUAA